AUGCACUCUUCUCUUCAUCCUCCUUUCUCUCCUCUCCCAUGCAACUUCAUCAGAAACCCACAACAAAAACAUUACCUCGUCGCCAUUCGACAACAUAAUGGCCACUUCAAUGACGAUGAUUUUGACGACCAAUUGGAGUCUGCCAUCAAAACUUACCAAAUCAAUUACCACCUCAAAGCCACCGGAACAUUGGAUGCGAAAACCGUAUCCAACAUGAUGAUGCCACGCUGUGGUGUUGCAGAUAUCAUCAAUGGUACCUCCUCCAUGCGAUCAGGCAAAAAAAGGCACCCUCACCAUCACCACGGAGGACACACAGUUGCUCAUUAUUCUUUCUUCCAAGGAAACCCAAAAUGGCCGGCCUCUAAGUAUCACCUCACCUAUGCUUUUCUUCAAGGCACCCCAGCUGAGGCCAUGGGCCCAGUCUCCAGUGCUUUUCAAACAUGGGCCGCCAAUACACACUUCACCUUCAGUGAGGUCCAGAGCAAUCAGAACCCAGAUCUGACGGUCAGUUUUCACAGGGGCAAUCAUGGAGAUGGGGCCCCAUUUGAUGGGCCAGGUGGGACCAUAGCCCAUGCAUUUGCUCCCCCAAAUGGGAUAUUUCACUACGAUGCUGCUGAGGCGUGGGCUGUGGGUGCCGUGAGCGGUGCUUUUGACUUGCAGAGUGUGGCUCUGCAUGAAAUAGGGCACCUUCUCGGGCUGGGGCAUAGUUCUGUUCAAGGAGCUAUUAUGUUCCCCUCUAUCGGCACUGGAGUGACCGAGCAGAGCUUGCAUGGGGAUGAUAUUCAAGGAAUUAAAGCUUUAUACAACACUUGA